GGGUAUAGGGAAUAUAAGCUAAUGAUUUGCCAAAACCAGGUGUGCCUACUUUGGACCCCUGCUCUUGCGAGAACGUUUUGUAAUCAAUAAAUCGCUGCUUCAUCAGUUUUGUUCAGAUAUUAAUUUGAGGGUCUCAAGACCCACUUCUAACAGUAUUCAGAAGCAUUUGCAGCCCUCAACGGUGGAGGCAGAGAAGAGCCAUCCUGGCUAGUAGGUAUUAGUGCUGGGUGAUAACUGGCUUUCAACAUUGCGAUAUAUCACUGGCUAAACAUUGUGAUAUUGCAAUGUCUGAAAUAAGGAUGGAGCUAUGUAGAGGCAUUGGCUGGCUUCACGGUUUUUUCCAAGUUGUGAUCUUUGCAUAGCACACGAGCGCACACAUCGUGAUUCACAAUAUAUUGCCACGUCAAAAAUUAUGAAACCAAAACCACAAUAUGGACUUCAAACUGGUUUUAGACAAUAUAUCAAUAUACAGUCGUACCUUGGUUCUCGAACGGAAUCCAUUCCGGACGUCUGUUUGACUUCUGAAAAUGUUUGAAAACCAAAGCGUGGCUUCUGAUUGGCUGCAAGAGCUUCCUGCACUCAAUUGAAAUAUACAUAAGCAGUGUUGAACUUUCAGGUUCCAAAGAACAUUUGCAAACCGGAACACUCACUUCUAGGUUUGCAGUGUUUGGGAGCCAAAUCGUUUGCGUACCAAGGUACAACUGUAUCACCUGGCCCUGGUAGGUAUUGAUAGCACAGAUAGAGCCAUAUAAUCUCAUUAGUAAUGCCGUCUUCUGUCUUGCCACUCACCAGGUGACAGCACUGCGUAUAAGAUCAUAGAGGAGAUGUCCCUGCCCUGCUCCUUUCCCCCACCCUGAUGAAGGAGGUUGUGAGCUUGUGUGCUUUCCCCAAAGGGUCCAGGGCAAAGUUUCCUUGAGGCCUACAACCUGUGGGAACGGGCAGACCUCAGGGAUGAGUGUACAGGAACAUACACGAUAAACCCACGCUGGAGAAGAGGAUGGUCUCUUUGACCCUGCAGCCCUUAAAAACGAGGACAAGCUCUUGAACAUCGGCCAAAUGGAAGAGGAGCAAGGUGAGGGGAGCGCAAUUGAGAGUAUAGAUCAUCCAUGGCAAGCCUCUGAACAAGGGGAAUUCUGUGCAGCUGAGAGAAUCCCUGAAGGGAAUGUUUCCGAAACUCCAGAUGCUGUUGAAAGUCCCCAAGGACCGUGGAGGCAACAGGAAAACUGUUUGGAGAAGAGCAGAGGUAAAUCUUGGCAAAGUGAAAUCAGAGAUUGUGAGGGAAGCCACGAAGGUCAGGGGCAAGAGGCACAGACUGAAUUGGGGAACAGCUCAGGCAGAACCCAAGAAGAGAAGAUAUAUCAGUGCUUAUACUGUGGGAAAUCCUUCAACGCACACUUCAAACUUGUUAGACAUCACAGAAUCCACACGGGAGAGAAACCAUACAAGUGCUUGGAUUGCGGCAAGAGUUUUGAUCAGAAAGGAAACCUUAUUGCUCACGCGAGGAUCCACACAGGAGAAAAGCCAUAUGUGUGCUCCAAUUGCGAGAAAAGCUUCAGCCACAAAGGCAGUCUUGUUUUGCAUGUGAGAAUCCACACCGGGGAGAAACCCUACAAAUGCCCUGAUUGUGGGAAAUGCUUCAGCCGUUUAGGGUCCCUGAAAGAGCAUGAGAAGACUCACACAGGAGAAAGACCAUACGCCUGCUUAGACUGUGGGAGGAGCUUCAGGAAAAUAUCUGAGCUCACAACCCACCACAGGUUCCAUACGGGAGAGAAGCCAUACAAAUGCUUGGGCACAAGCUCCAAUCUCAUUGCCCAUCAGAGGACCCACACAGGAGAGAAACCUUAUAAAUGCUCAGAUUGCGGGAAAAGGUUCAGCCAGGCUGGGAACCUUAAGGAACACGAGAGAACCCACACUGGAGAGAAGCCAUAUAAAUGCCCAAACUGUGGGGAAAGCUUCAGGCAAAUAUCUUACUUUAUUAAGCACCACCAAACCCACCUUGCAGAUGAGGGGAUGCAUGUGGAAGAGAAACCAUAUAAAUGCUCUGAUUGUGGGAAAGGUUUUGGUGAGAAAGCGAGCCUCAGCAGACACCAGAGAAUCCACACUGGAGAGAAGCCCUUUAAAUGCUCGGACUGCGGGAAAAGCUUCUGCCUGAAAUCAAAUCUUGUUGUCCACUUGAGAAUCCACACCGGUGAGAAGCCAUAUAAAUGCUCCGAGUGUGGGAAGAGCUUCAACCAGACGUCAAGUCUUCAUAAUCACGAGAGAACCCACAAAGGGGAGGAACCAUAUAAAUGUUUAGAGUGUGGGAAAAGCUUCAACAGACCUUCGCAACUUAAAGCACAUGGGAGAAUCCACACUGGAGAGAAACCAUACUGGUAUUCCCUGUGUGGGAAAGGCUUUAUUUACAACCACCACCUUGUGAGACACCAGAGAAAUCACACAGGAGAGAAACCGUAUAAAUGCCCAGGUUGUGGGAAAGAAUUCAGCCUCAGAUCGACCCUUAUUAAACAUCAAAGAAUCCACAUGGAAGGGACACAAUUAAAAAAUACGUAAGGUGGGCUUUGAGCCUACUAAACAGUUGAGAAUCCAUUAAGGUGUCGGAAAUCCCAUUCAUAGCAGGCCUUGAAAGUGGGCCUGAGGGGGAUCAGGUUGGGGAUGUUCAACCUGUAUGGCAACAUUGCACUCUGGUCAAAGGACUGGACCAGAAAGGCAUUUACUCGGAUGACACUUCUUAUGCUCUUAAUAAAUUGGUCAGAUAGACAAAGGGACAAGCCUUUAAUUCUGUGGUGCAUGAAGAUAUUUUAAUUAUUUUAAGUUUUUUUAUUUGGCACUUUGAACAGUAUUCAUACUUUUGGAUGCACUUGGAUCCUUUAUUUAAAAAAAAAAAGUGUUAUCCAUAUUGUGUAUUAAGUAAACUCAAAAAUUAUUCUAAUGUAUUGAUGCAAAUUGCUGUGGCCUGGCCCUAAGCUAAUGUGUAAAAUCAGUGAAAUGAACUUUGAGCAUAGGAAAUUGCCUUUUACUGAGGCCUUUUCAUUCUCCUUUAUUUAUUCUUCUUCUUACAUCUAUAGACUGCUUUUCCCCCAUAGCCUUUGGCAAGGUGGCAGUUUAGGACGCGGUGGGUGGGGGGAGUCCAGUAAGUGGGGAAUAUGGUAAAGGUUUACAAACUUGUGCAUGAUGUGAAGAAAGUAGUUGGAGAGAAAUUAUUCUCCCUUUGUUGUGAUACUAGUGUAUAUUUUUCAUUCGCCACUGAAAUGAAAGUGCAGCAACUUUCCUUCAUGUAUCCCUUGCUACUCUUUCCCUGCUUUCCUGAUCCCCUUUCUUCUCUUCUGUCCUACAUUCUCAGUGUUUAGUUUGUAAGCUCCUCGGGGCACAGAUCUUUCCUCCUCCUCCCUGCCCUACCCGUGACACAUAUGCAUAUACCCUGCUUGCAUUGCUCUGUAAAGUGCUUUGCAUAGAAGGGGAAUAGCUCAGUGGCAGAGCAUCUCUUUUGCACACAGAAGGUCCCAGGUUCAGUCCCUGUGUCAGACGUGAGCCAGCAGUAAAUCACACUGUGCAAGUUGGAGUUAACUCUUUAUUAGCAAAAACACGAUCUGCACAGGAGGGUCAGGCCCAAUGGGCACAUUAAUUCAUCUCUGGUUGGUCUAGCCUCCAUGAAGUACUUGCUGAGAUUGAAGGUCCCCACCUCCCCACAGCUGCUGUAAGGAUGCUGUCAGCGGCUCCUGGCCGGUUGCCCAGGAAAGUAUAAAGACAAGGAAAAGUGUCUUAACGUCCUUUUUUAUUUCAGUCCUUACAGGGAGAGGCUAUAGAACCCAGCCUCUGUGAUAAUGGCGUUGUCCUGAGCGAAUCUGCCCCCUCCACCUCCGUCUCUCUCACAUUCUCAUUCAUCAUUUUCAUUGUCUCCUCUAUGGGUGCCACUAAGUGCCCUCUGCCUUUGAGCUCUUUGCUCUCCUACUUUUAAGGCUCGCCGGGUUCUGGGAGAUGGAGGGUCUGGAAUGCUUUCUAAUGACAUGUCAGCUGGGUGUUGUUCCAGCUAUCCCAUGAUUUCCCUGCUUUUCCCCUCAUCUGCCUCUGAGCUGCUACCUCCCUCAAACUCCUGUUGUAAAUCUGUACUGUCUUCCUCUUCCUCCUCCCUG